AUGGAGCGGGCUACAUGGGCUCCAAGCAGGCGCUUAAUAUCGAAACUAUUCGACAAAUCUAGAUCUUGUCGCCUGACGGAACGGUAUGCGACAAUAGGACGCCACCGCAACCGCGGCCAUUCCUCCGAGUCGGCAUCACGAAGAUCGUUCUCUCACACACGACUGAACAACGAUACGGCCACACGAAGAAACUCAGAAACGCAGCAAGCAUACCCUUUAUCAGGCUACUACUCCGACCUCCUCUCCUUCCAACAACCGCCUCACCACCCAAAAUCCCCAUCUUCUCAACCUCCGCCCUCUUCAGCAGCUUCAGCAGAGAAAGAACCAACAAAAGAACAAAAACUGUCCAUAGUCUUCGGCACUCGCCUCGCCGGCCCAGGUUACCAAUCAACCCGCUACAACCCGGAAACCACACCCCCAGAAUCAACAUGGAAACAAAUCAAUGGCGUGCCUAUACCGCCUCGACCCACGGAACCGGAUAACUGUUGCAUGAGCGGAUGUGUGCAUUGCGUCUGGGACGAUUAUAGGGAUGAUUUGGAGCAUUGGGCUUCUCGGGUUAGGGAUGCGCGCUUGACUGCUACUGCUGCAGGUGCGGAUACGCGUGCGAAGGGUAAAGACAUGAGACAAACGCCUAGAAAAGAAGUUGCGAGCGCGAGUACGAGUAUGGAUGAUGAUGGCGGCGGCAGUGAGGCGAAUUGGGAGUUGCCUGCUGUACCGGGGGCACUUGGCGAAGAGGAUUUGUUCAAAGGAAUUCCGGUGGGGAUUAGAGAGUUUAUGAAGACUGAGAAGAAGUUGAGGGAGAAGAAGAGCAGCAAUAGCCUCCAAUCUUGA